AUGGGGAGAGGCGUCCCCGCGCCAGGGGCGCAGAGUCACUCCUCCGCCUCUCUUUGCCCUCUAGACGACUACAAGGAGUUUGGUGUCAACUGCGAGAAGAUGGCGUCUGAGAUCGAAGACCAUAUCUUCCAGGAGCUGAAGAGCACAGACAUGAAGUACCGCAACCGGGUGAGGAGCAGGAUCAGCAACCUAAAGGACCCCAAGAACCCCAACCUGCGAAGGAACGUGCUGUGCGGGGCCAUCGUGCCCGGCCUCAUCGCCCGGAUGACCGCGGAAGAAAUGGCCAGCGACGAGCUGAAGGAGUUGAGAAACGCCAUGACCCAGGAGGCCAUCCGGGAGCACCAGAUGGCCAAGACGGGCGGCACCGUCACCGACCUCUUCCAGUGUGGCAAGUGCAAGAAGAAGAACUGCACCUACAACCAGGUGCAGACGCGGAGCGCUGACGAGCCCAUGACGACCUUCGUGCUGUGUAACGAGUGCGGGAACCGCUGGAAGUUCUGCUGAUGGCGCUCGCCUUCCUGGGCGGCUGGAGACGCGACGACAGAGGGGACGCUGCCCCGGCCGUGCCUGGCAUCCAGGGGGAGGGAGGGCGGCCGAGGUCUCUGCGCCGGGGUGGUGCCUCCCUGUUUUGUUGCAUCGGGUUCCUGCGAAUGUCCCGGGGAUUUGGGUUGUGCCGCUUUGGGGGUUUGCUCAGCAAGACCGUACUGAGCCCUGGUGAGUUCAGGCUAUUCCUGCCUGUCCAUAUCCGCCCUUCGCGUGGGGUGCGCUGGGAGCCGCUGGAAACGGGCAUGUCCCCGCAAAGGGAGGCUGCUCUUGCCUGGGUUGCAGAGGGGAUGGCUUGUGGGGGAGCCUGGACUUGAACGAUUUUGGGGGCAGGAGAGACAUUCCCCUGUGGAGCUGCGGCUGUGUUCACUGUCCGGGGGGGCUGGGGGUGGGAAAGGGCCAGGCUUUGCCCCCCAAAUCCUCCUUUCCCCUCACCUAAAUGCACACAGUGGGAGAGAGAGAAGGAGGUAGGGCGCUCGCAGUGGCAUCCAGAUGCUGGUGGGACACCACCGGUGUCCCUCCACUCUGUAACACAUGGGCUGUCCGUCCUGGCUUGAGGGAACUGUGUCCCCAGGAAAGAGAAGGGAUAGGGAGGGAGAAUUGGGAAGAAAACCUCCAGCUAGAGCAAUAAAGGUGUAAAACAUC